AUGUCAUCAUCACAAUUGAAUGCAUCUUUGCUUAGAUUGAAAUUAUUAGAUGCUUUAAGAAGUGGUGAUACUUCAAAAGUUGAUUCAGUUAUAAAUAGCUUACAAGCCACUAAAUCCACUGUUCAAACUAAAGGUAUUAUAGAAAUUAAAGAAACUAUAUUACAUUAUGCUGUUCAAGUAGCUCCAUUAUCUAUCAUUCAAUAUUUGGUUCUCAAUUCAUCAAAACUCAAUAUUGAUAUCAAUUCACAAGAUCAAGAUGGUAAUACUCCUUUACAUUUAGCUGCUGCAUCUUCCAGAGGAGAAAUUGUUAAAUAUUUAUUAUCUUUGAACAAUAUCAAUGACACCACUUUGAACAAAGAUAAGAAACAACCAGUUGAAUUAUGUAAAGAUUUGGAGAUUGCACAAUUGAUGCAAUUUGAAAGAGCUAAAUUUGUUGAAAAACUGGCAAGUUUAUUAAGGGAUUAUUUCACCAAAAGAGAUUUACCUAAAUUAGAAGAUUUAUUAGUAAGUAAUCCCAGAUCAGCUGAAUUGUUGGAUAUCAAUGGAUCUGAUCCUGAAACUGGUUAUACUGUUUUACAUGAAUUCAUUUUAAAGAAUGAUUUACAAAUGUGUGAUUGGAUUUUGAAACAUGGAGGUGAUCCUUUCAAAAGAGACAAGAAAGGUAAAUUACCCAUUGACUUGAUUCAUAAUAAAACCGAUCCUAUUAGAAAAUUAUUGAAAGUAGCUUCUAAAGAACAAACUAUGAUGGAUCCUGUUGAACCUUCAAACUCCAAGACUGGAAAUGCUCCUACUUAUAAAGGUUAUUUGAAAAAAUGGACAAAUUUUGCUUCAGGUUAUAAGUUAAGAUAUUUUGUUUUAGACGAUAAGGGGAUUUUAUCAUAUUAUGCUAAUCAAGAUGAUACUAACAAUGCUGUUAGAGGUUCACUUAAUUUAGGUUUCGCAACAUUACACCUAGACUCUUCAGAAAAAUUGAAGUUUGAAAUCAUUGGUAAGAAUGGCAUUAGAUGGCAUUUAAGAGCCAACCAUCCUAUUGAAACCAAUAGAUGGGUUUGGACUUUACAGAACGCUAUCACCAUGGCAAAAGACAGAUAUAAGAAGAGAUCUCCUUUACAAGCACAAGUCAUUACGUCAUCACCAUCAGUCAAAUCUGAAGCUCCUUCAAUUGAAGUCACUGAUGAUGAAUCUCCUACGAGUCCUAUAAUCAAUAGACCAAGUUCGGAAUCUACUCGUGAACAUAAACGUCAUUUAUUAGGUUUAGGUAGAAGAAAACACAAGAGAACUGGAAGUCAAAUAUCUUUAGGGUCUGUUAGUAAUGAUGAAGAUUCAGUCAUUUCUAAUCCUCCAUCCAGAUCUAAUACUGUGAAAGAAACCUCACCUAAGAAUUUAGAAGAAAUCAAAGAAAAUCAACAAUUGAAACCCAUCACUACUAAUUUCAAUACCAUGGGAGUUAUUCAUUCCCAAGUGAAUGAUCAACAAAGUAUUGAGAAUGGUACUGCAACUGACAACGAAAAUUUCGAUUAUGAUUUAGAUGAUUUACAAGGAGGUGAAGAAGAUUCUGAUAAUGAUUCCGUCACAAGAUCUCUGAAUAAUACUGACAUUCAAGAUCAAAUAUCAACAGUUAAAGGAUCAUUAGAAGUUGAAAUCAAAUCUUUGUUAGAUUUGUUCUCCAAUAUUUCCAAUUCUCCAGAAUCUUUAGAUACUGAGAUUUUCGUCGUGGGUAAAAGCACCUUGGGGUCCAUUCAAGAUUUAUUUGUUAAGUACAAUUUAUUAAUUCAAAGCAAAGAUUUCAAAAAUCAAAAGAUUUUAGAAAGACAAUUGGAAGUUAAUAAGUUGUGGGAAAAUUCUAUUCAUCAAUUAGAAAAAGAAAUUGCCAGUAGAGAGCAAAAGUUAGCUCAAUAUGAAGGGAAACAGAAGAAAUUGAAAAAGAUCUUUGCUGCGAAGACAUCCGGUAAUACCACACCUAAAUCUGGAAGUAACACAAACUUAAAUCAAACCAAUGAAAUUGAACAAUCUAAUGAAUUAAACAUGGAAAGAACUUUGCCUGAUACAGUCAUCGAGGAUAUUCUCAAUGAUAGUGAAGAUGAAUUCUUUGAUGCUGAUUCAAUGGAUGAUACUGAUGAGUUAUUGAAUGACGAUACUACACAUGAUAAUUUAGUAUUAAAUGAAGAAAUUGAUCCUUUAGAAGGCAAAGCCGAAGAACCCGAAACUGUAGAGUCAAGUGAUACCAAGUCCAAUGCUGUAUCAGAGAAAACAGUUGUAGGUACAGGAGCUGGUAAAUCAAAAGAGGAUGAAGAUCAAUCCCAAGACGUAUCAAAAGACAGCCCACCACAGUACAGUGAAAUUUCAAAUAGUGGACUUUCUAAUCCAGAACAACUAGAAAAAGCCAAAUUAAUCAAUUCUCAAGGAUCUUUCCUAGGUUAUGAGAACCCUCCCAGGACCAAAUUGGCUAUGGAUGAGGACAACAGACCAAAAGUUGGUUUAUGGGGUAUUUUGAAAUCUAUGAUUGGUAAGGAUAUGACGAAAAUGACUUUACCUGUAUCUUUCAAUGAAUGUACUUCAUUGUUACAAAGAUUAGCUGAAGAUAUCGAAUAUUCUAAUUUAUUGGAACAAGCUGCUAGUUUUGAUGAUUCUGCUUUACGUACUGCUUAUGUAGCUACAUUUGCCGCUUCAGAAUAUGCUUCUACUAUCGAUAGAAUUGCUAAGCCUUUUAACCCAUUAUUAGGUGAGACGUUCGAAUAUUGUCGUCCUGAUAAGAAUUAUAGAUUAAUUUCCGAACAAGUGAGUCAUCAUCCUCCAAUCAGUGCAUGUAGUGCAGAAUCUGUUAAGUGGGAUUACUACGGAGAAAACGCUGUGGCUUCACAAUUCAAAGGAAGAUCUUUUGAUUUCAAACAUUUAGGUAAAAUGUUUGCUGUUGUCAGACCAGAUAAUGGGGUUAUCGACAAAAAUGGUAAGAAAGUUUAUGAAGAAUUAUAUAGUUGGAAGAAAGUUAAUACUUCAGUUGUUGGGAUUAUUGUUGGUAAUCCAACAGUUGAUAACUAUGGGAAAAUGGAAGUCACCAAUCAUACUACAGGUGAUGUUAUAGUGGUUGAUUUGAAACAAAGAGGUUGGAGAGCUUCUUCAGCUUACCAAUUAUUUGGUACAGUGGUUGAUAAAUCAGGUAGAGAAACUUGGACCAUUGGUGGUCAUUGGAACAGUAAAAUAUUUGGUAAAAAAGCCAGUCCAAAAGAUGCUUCUGAUCCAAAUAGAAGAGCUUCAUUCGCUGAAGCUAGUGGUAAAAGUACUAGCACUGAUCCUUUCAGUGGGGGGUCAUUCCUUAUUUGGCAAGCAGCUCCUAGACCAAAAGUUCCUUUCAACUUAACUUCUUUUGCGGUUACCUUGAACGGACUCGAUGCCAACUUGAAGGAAUUUGUUGCCCCUACAGAUACAAGAUUAAGACCUGAUCAAAGAGCCAUGGAAGAUGGUGAAUAUGAUAAAGCAUCCGAUGAAAAAUGGAGAUUAGAAGAGAAACAAAGAGCUGCCAGAAAAAAUAGAGAACUUAAGAAGGAAACUUACAAACCAGUUUGGUUCGUUAAGAAGAAACAUCCUGUUACUGGGGAUUCCUACUGGGAAUUCCAAGGUAAAUACUGGGAAUUAAGAAAAGAUCGUAAAAUGCAUGAAUGUCCUGACAUUUUCUAA